AGUGGAUUCCUUGCAUGUCCCACAACUUUAAUCUUUCAAAUAUUCCCUCCUCAAAUACAAAUAUUAUGCCACCUAUUCUUUCACAAUGUUCCAUUCUUUCUACAACGUAAAAUGGUUCAUGAAUUGAAGAGACCUCAAAUCACAGAGAUACAUGUCCGUAUGGACUGUAAUGGGUGUGUGCACAAGAUCAAAAAGGCGCUCAAUGGUAUCAAUGGGAUAUAUGAUCUCUACAUUGAUUUUCCUCAUCAGAAAUUGACAGUAAUUGGAUGGGCAGACCCUGAAAGAAUUAUCAAAGCUAUAAAGAAGGUCAGAAAAGUUGCUACAAUCUGUUCUCACACAGAAGCACCAGACCCUAAUUCGCAACCAACCGAACCACAACCACCAGAUGGUUCAGCCCAAUCAUCGGAGGGAGGAGCGCAACCACCACCGGAAGGAGGCCCCCCACCUCAAGAUGCAGGGAACACUCAACCAACCGAGCCUCCCAAAUCAGACGAAGCACCCCCACCACCACAAGAGCAAUCAGGAGAUCAAGCCCAACCCCAAGCCCAACCACAACAACCUGAAACUUCACAGGCUCAAAAUCCACAACCCGAGUCAAAUCCUCCACCAGAGCAUCAACAAAGCCAGCAAGCCAACCCUCACAAUCCACCACCUGAGGAGGUCCAUGUAGUUCACCACCACGCACCCGACUAUGGAUAUCGAUAUGGUUACAAUAAUGGAUAUGGAUACAAUUCUUAUGGGGGACACUGGACAAACCAUCCGGGUCCAAGUUAUAGACCCGAACCACAUCCACAACCAAUUUAUCACGAGCCACCACCUCAACACGUCUAUCACGAACGUCCUAGGCCCAUUUAUCAUGAGCCACCACCUCAUCCUGUUUAUCAUGAACCACCACCUCGCCCCAUCUAUCAUGAGCCACCACCUAGAACAGUUUAUCAUGAACCACCGCCACCUCAAAAUGUUUAUGCAACUCACAGUUAUAACAUGUAUAGGCCAUCACCUUCCAUCACAGAAUACCAAUACGUACAACCACCACCACAAUACACAAAUUACGGUAUGAACAGAAUGGAUCCGUACAAUAUGGAUCCAUAUCGAAAUGGAAGUCAUAAUAAUGGGAAUGUUACUUCUAUCUUCAGUGAUGAGAAUCCAAAUGCAUGUACAAUAGCAUAGAUAAGUCCUAUUAGAGUAUAUAACAUAUCCUGAAACCUCAACCAUCCGUUUAAACUUUUGGUUGAGUUAGUCCCUGACAUGGUAUUUUAAGCCAGCGUGACAAGAUGUCAUAUAUGUUAUAUACUUUAACAGAUACAAAGUUUACAUUGCAAAUGGGAAAAUCCUGUUUGAGAGCUUUUCAUGUUGCUUGAUUGAAAAGCUAAUGGGCCAUAGAGUGACAUUAGGUGAUGGUAACUUUCACAAACAAGCUUGUGAUAAUGCUUUGACAGAUUGACAGGAAUGAGAUUCUUUCUUGUGGCUUGAGAAGAAUA